AUGGAAAGUGAAGCUCGAAAUGCCGAUCAAAUUACGUCGAAAUGGCGAGAUAUUCGAUUAAAAUGCACCGAUUUUGGAGGAAUCUACAACAAUCUCCUAAACAUACGCAAAAGCGGCUCGAACGAUUUUGAUGUUUUCAAGGCGGCCAUGGACCAAUAUGAAAAAACAACGCCUACACGCAAAGCUUUUCCGUAUAUGAAGCCGUGGCUAAAAUUGAAAGACUCCCCAAAAUGGAAAGAGCAAACGGAAGGAAGUUCCCAAUCUUCCGGUUCAAAGCGUUCGAGAAACCCCGAUGGAGCUUCUCAACAAUCGGACGGUCGAACACACAUCGACAUCAACGACGAUCCGAUAGAUCUUGAAACCGACCAACCUCUUCCUCGGCCCGUUGGAAGAAAUAAAGCAAAAAAAGCGGCGUCAACAUCUUCGAAUUCUAGUGUUAUGGAUAUGUUCGGCGAUAAAUUUGAUCGAUAUGUGCAGCUUCAGGAAACGAAGGCCGAGGUGAUGACUCGGAUGGAACAAAAAAUGAUCAAAGCACAAACAUCAUUUCAAGAGGCACAAGAGACACUUCAAACAAAAACCGACAUGGAAAUCUUGAAAAUGAAAGCGGACGACCUUGAGGGCGAAGACUUGGAACUUUUUCUAGCAAUGAAAGAGUCGGUUCGAGCCCGACGUAGGCGUAGGGGGUAG